UACCCCAAUGAUCAAAACAGCAGAGCGAAACAGCACAAAAGGUGGAAGCUACACAGCAUCACUACAUUCAAGCAGAAUGAAAGUCUUUGAGGAAUAGGUGCGGACCACCUUCUUGUCUAGCGCUGCAUCGCAUCAAUUAAAGAAAGGCUGGUAACGGUCUCAGGAAUUCAAACUGGGAAUGAGGAAAUGUCUGGAUGAAUGGCUAAACCGGGAGAGAAAAUCCUCAAUAAAAUCUGCAGAAAAUGCAAAUUCUGCAACUCAAAGAGAUGAGAAGCAAAGGAGUGGCAAACCACAGGAGGAGGAACAGACUAGAAUGGCAGGAGCUAUAAAAAGGUACAAUGGCAGAGCACACUGCAUCUAUCUGCAACAGGACUGAUGAACAGCAAGCAUCUCUUUCAGUCCAAGAGAAAGGUUUCCACCUAUCUGGACUUGCUGUUUUCUUUGGGAGGCCUGACAAAUCCAACGAACCCAAAGAGAUCAUGCGAUUGAAGCGGAGGCGCAGAUACUGCAGUGUGGCCCUUUUCCUCAUAGUGCUCAUGUUUGCUGGAGGCCUCGUUAUUCAGGGUCAAUGGCCUUUUCAUUUCACCAAGGAGAGGUUUGCUGCUCAAGAACUCCAAACCAUGAAAACCUUCUCCAACUUAACCAUGAUGAAUCCAACCAAGUUGCGGGAGCUUGAAGAGUUCCCUUCACCAUUAAAUUCAAAAGAAAAUGUCAUCUCAGUUUUGGAUGAAAGUUUGCAGCAGGGGUUGGAAAGCUCCUUGCUUUCGAACAUCAGUUCGAGUGAAGCAAUGAGAGUGGCAAGGAUACUUAAAGAGGAGCCUUAUGAGUACAUCCUCAACGAGCCGAACGCAUGUCUGCAGCGAGCUCCUUUCUUAGUGCUUUUGAUUGAGGUUGAGCCCAAGAAAACGGACGCCAGGGAUGCCAUCAGGAAAACGUGGGCCAAUGAAAGUGUGGCUGGGGGUUUGGGUUUCAUCCGUCUUUUUUUCAUAGGUGUUAAUAAAGACACCCAAAUAGAUGGCAGCAAACUGCAGCACACAAUAGAGGAAGAAAGUCAUCGAUAUCAUGAUAUCGUUCAGCAAGAUUACAGGGAUACUUACAAUAACCUUACUCUGAAAACGCUGAUGGGGAUGUACUGGAUUACAAAGUACUGUCCAGAGGCCAAAUACGUCAUGAAGACAGACAGUGACAUGUUUGUCAACACUGAAUAUCUCAUAGAAAAACUCCUAAAGACCAAAGGGCAACCAAUGCAGAAGUAUUUCACAGGACUUCACAUGUCAGACUUCUCCCCAAACCGAAACAAAGAGAGUAAAUGGUACAUGCCUGAAGAAGUGUACCCUGGUAAGCGAUACCCCACCUUUUGCUCUGGGACUGGGUACGUCUUCUCAGGCGACGUGGCCCAAAGGAUAUACGUGACAUCUCUGACCAUACCCAGACUGCACUUAGAAGAUGUUUACGUGGGUAUAUGUCUAGCUAAACUAAAGAUAGAGCCAACGCCACCACCAAAUGAACAUCUGUUCAAUCACUGGCGAGUGCCCUACUCUAGCUGUAGGUACAGCAACCUGAUCACCUCUCAUGGGUUUCACCCCAAUGAGAUCAUCCAGUACUGGCAGCACCUGCAGAGCAACAAGCACAAUCCCUGCCAACAGACUGGGUAGAAAGUUAAAUAAACAAAUUUGUUCUACUUUGGAGGUUUUAUCAUCAAGUUAAAAAGACCUGUGACAUUUCACGUUCUGCCAAAUACAACAGAUUAAAGUUCUUGUUUCUGGACAACCUUACCCGGGCUUUUUUGAUUAUCUGUUUUUUUUCAGUUACUGUAUCUUAAUGAUCUUCACAAGCUUGCCUGUUUGAAUGGAUAUAAAAUAUUCAGUUAAGAAGAAACAUCUUCAAGACAUUUGAAGAAACCUUUCUUCAAAGCUAAAGUACUGUGAGAAGUUUUAGGUUGUGUAAAUAUGUCAUAGAAAAGGAUGCUUUCAAAAAAUACUGUCAUAAACGGCCUUCAUUAAUCAAUUAAUUUUUAAGUUUGAAACAACAUGAGGGUAAGUUAUUAAUUACAUAAUUUUGCUUUCUGGGUGAACUAACCCUUUAACUAAAUCAAAUCAAUAUUUGGUGUGACCAACCUUUGCAUUUAAAACAGCUUUUGUCCAGGUACACUUGCACAUUGUUUUUCAGGUAGUUUUGAAGACGGGUUUCUUCAAACGUCUUGGAGAUAUGACCAAAGUUCUUCUGGAUUUAGUCUGUCUCAGUUUCAUCCGUUUCUUCAUGUGAUCACAGACAGAUUCGAUGAUGGUGAGAUCAGAUCUCUGUGUGCAGCACGAGCUGUUUACAGACUGCUUGUGCAUUCCAAAAAUCUCACUUGAUUAUUAUUAAAAUUGAACCGCAAAAUGAAUGUUUGGAAAUGUAAACUGAUAUUUUCUACUGGCACAAUGCCGCAAAAUAUAUAAAUAACUGGCCAAACACCAUUCUUUGGGGUGAAAAAACUAAGGUGCCUAAGACUUUUGCACAGUAGUGUAUGUAUGAAGUAUAUUUAAAUUAGUAUAAACUAUGCUUUCAUAUGUGUUAAGGGCUAGAUUGUCGCAGGAGGAAACCGAUGUGGUGUGAUGAGUGGUGAACAGAGAAAAAACUUUACAGUAGAUGAGAAACCAAUGCUCCCUCGUGACCUUUUGUAAACUGUAUUUAUAACAAAGAACUGCACAGAUACAGAUAUUCUAACAAUCUAUCGAUAAACAUGGCCAUAUUGGCACCGGGUUUUGGUACCUAACCCUAUGAAUAAUAUCUUAUGGCUAAACAGAAGUCAAACAGAAGUUUACUGUGCAAAGAUGCAUAGUAAACCAUUUACUCUCAAAAUCCCAAGUAUUUUACAUUACAUGCAAGUACUCAUUGCUGGACAGUGGAUUACUUCCAAAAUGUAGACUGUUACUGAUUACAAAUUACACGAGAGAAGUUAGUUUGUAACCUAUUCUAUUUGAUUACACAUUUGGCAAUGUAUUCUAACUACUAGAGAUGUUCCGAUACCCUUUUUCUCUUCCCGAUACCGAUUCCGAUACAUGGGCUCAGGAUAUCGGCCGAUACAGAGUACUGAUCCGAUACUUGUGUAUCUGUAUAUACUACCAGCCCUGUAUAAAUUGCUAGAAUUAUUUUAUGGUGUGCUUCAGACAUAUAUCUAAAUAAAACUUGAACAAAUA